UCCCGGGAAAUUAUACGGCAUAGCAUCUUUCCCGAGUGUACCACAAAUUCCAGAGCUCCACCUUCACAUGAACUGACCUCUUCUUCCACUUCUCCUUUUUCUUCUCAUUUUCCACCACCCCCAAUUCCCCAUUUCCCCCCGUGUAAUUUCCUUUCCAUUCCUUUGAUUUGCGAUUUUCUUUGGUGGAAUCACCGCCAACUCUCCGAACCCCACCCCAGGAAAAUGAGGAUGAACUCUUGCUCCACCUUCGCCGCCUCAAUGUGUCUUAUAUUUCUGGCGUUCUCCGAUGUUUUCGUUAACGCCAAAUACCUCGACAUCUCUCACGAGUAUGUACCUGGCUUGCCCAAAUAUGAUUCGCCUACUGGUCUGGGAACUUUCAUGAAGGAUAGCACUAGUAUUCUUAAAGGGAAAGAUUUUAACACCCGCAACUUCAAUUUGAGUACUGAUUGCGGGACUCACGUCAAAGCCUUCACCGAUGUUGAAUCACUAGACCUCACCAUUCUCAAUGGUCCAGUGUUGGUGGUAGAAGUUCCAAAGGACAAGAACAUAACUGCUGAAGUUAUGCGGAGCUUAAAUAUUCCCAAAGGAAUAAAGCGUGUACUUUUCAGAACACUGAAUACCAAAAGGAAACUUAUGUAUAAAACAGAGUUCGACUCAAGCUACACUGGUUUCCAGAAAGAUGGGGCAGAGUGGUUGGUGAAAAACACCAGCAUCAAACUUAUUGGACUUGAUUACCUAUCCGUUGGUGUAAAACCAGAUAAGGGUGAUGUGUAUCAGGUGUUGGGCUAGGAUGUAAUUCCCGUGGAAGGCUUGAAUCUCGAUAAAGCUAAACCCGGAGCUUAUUUUCUCCAAUGUUUACCUUUAAGGAUGCCUGAGGCUGACGCAGCACCAACGAGAUGCAUACUUAUCCGGUGAUCUCCUUGUUCGUGAAAUUUUCUCUGAGAAACAUAUCUUUGUUAAGCAUAGGAAGUUUUACUUUUAAGCAAGUUUGAAAGUGAAUACAAAAUUUACUUCUUUUUAAUCUUGCUUGCAGCUUGUAACACAAACUAUACAAGCCUGACCAUCACUAUUUUCUAUCAGUUUAUGUUGAUUUGGUUGUAAAUUGUAAUCAGAAACAAUAUAUUUACUAGGAUAAAGAUGUUUGGAUAGGGCCACGUUCAAAUAGGGGGCCUAAUUGGUGCCCCCUUUGGCCCGAAUUGGCACCCUGGACGGGGCAGUAAAGUUCUAUUUACUAUCCUGCUUCAACUAUGUAUAACCGUUACUAUUUUCUA